AUGAUACAAAAUGGCGAGACCAAAUACAUUGUGAAAUAUGAGGAUGGCUCUGUGGAGGAAAUUGUAUGCGAACCAUUCUAAAUAAAAAAAGUGAUUAGCAAGUAAUUUCUUGUGCCGUAUGAGAACAUUGUGCUAAUAAAUGCAGAUAAUUAUAGAAUGUAUUCAGCUACAAAUAGCUAUUUUCAAUUUAAAAAUAAUACCAUUCAUUUAAAUGUUAUGGAUAUUAAUCAGAUUUUAAAAGAAAACUUGAACUCCAAAAAGAAAAUUUAUGAACUUUAGAAUAAUGAAGAGGAUUUGCGUAAAGAAUUGGUGCAAAUACAAGAAUCAAAUAUAUAAAGCAAUAUGCAAAUGAAGAAAUUGAAGGGCAAUGAUUAAUCCAUUUUGAUAUAGAAAGACUAGAAUUUUAUAGAGUUGUAGAGGAUGGAUCAGUAAUACAAGGAGAAAUUGGUGACUCAAUAGAUGUUGUAUGAAUAAAAGAUUACAUAAAUUAAUCAAAAUAAAGAAUAAUUAUAAUAAGAAAAUGAGAGUCUACAGAGAAAGAUAUAGGAGUUAAACUAGAUUACAUAAAAAUAAGAAAGACAAUUUUAAUAAUAGAAGUAGACGUUAUAACAAGAAGGGAAUAACAAAUUAAAUUACAAUCACUAAAUUUAUGAGACUUAGAUAGAGAAACUUUAUGAAGAAAUAUCGAAUCUGUAAAAUUAGAUCUUUAAAAAAAAUCACUAGAUCUAGUAACUAGAAAAUGAGAUUCAAGAAAAUAAAUCUAAUUACAUUCUUAAAUUUGAAGGGUUGGAAAAUGAAUAUCGGAAUUUGGAAAGCUAUUACAAAAGAAAAUUGUUAAUAUUGGAAUAAGGAAUAAACGAUAUCAACUAAAGCACCGAUUUAUCUGAUAAUAAUCUCAUGAUAAAAAAUUAUUGUAAUGAUGCUCUUCGAGAAUUAGAAUAUAUUAAGAAGGAUAUCGAUAAUUAGGAGAAAAAUCGUAAUUAAGAAAUGCAAACAAAAUUGAAAAUUCAGAAUGAUGAAUUACAAUAGAAGGUUGAAAAAUUAUAAUAAUAAAUAAAGGCUGUUUAAAAUGAAUUAACAAACACCUAAAGUGAUUAGCAUUUUUUAUAAUAAAAGAAUUAAAUUGAAAUUGAUAAGUUGAACGCUGAAUUAAAUAAAGCAAAGAAGGGGUUAGAUUAAAGAUAAGAUGAAAUUAAUUAAUAUUUAUUAAUUAUUGAUCAAUUAAAAUCUGAAACUAAAGAACUUAAUAAUGAUAAUGAAAAUUAUGAGUGUAAUAUCCAAAAGUUACAAUAGGCCAAAAUAAAAUUGUAAGCUGAUAUAGAAGAAUGGGAAUAAAAAUAUAGAUUACAACACAGUAAACUUUUAUAAUCAGAAUAAACGGUAAUUACAAAGGUUGGUGAGAUUAAAGUUUUAGAAUCUGCUCUUGAGAAAUAGAAAAUGUAAUGUAAUAAAAUGAACUAAAAGAUUAUUAGACUCUCAGAGAUAUUGAAAUAGAUUAAUAAUAAAAAUUUAGGAAAAGGUUUGGAGAAAGUUGUUUCUCCUGUCGGCUAACUCCUAAAUUCAAGAUAUGGACUUGUAAAGUUUAGGGACAAUCCAAAUUGCUAGAGUGAUGAAACUGAUUAUUUGGCUUACAGAAUCAAACCAUCAAAUAACUUUUUAUAAUCAAUUAAAAGAGGAUCAUUCGUUAAUUUGGAAUAGUUGUUAGAUGUAGAACUUCUGGGUGAGGUCAAAACUAUUAGAAGUAUCCAACCAAAUGAAGAGGGAGAUUUAAUGAAAGUUUAUAUUAUAAAGAUAGAGAAUACAUAAAUCAAUGAACUAAAAAAUCGAUAUUUAAUUAGAAAGGAUUUAUCAAAGGGUUAAAAUUAUGAUAAUAAACUCAAUGCUGCCGCACUCAGCUUGAAUAACAUAAUUACUUAAGUGUUCUUGGAUUAAUUUGUGAAAGAUUUGGCUAAGUUAUCAAUAAAACCAUUGAAUUUUUCUAUUGCUCCAUAAUAUGUGCUUUAAUAAAAAGGAAAGGAGUUAUAUUAUUACUGUGAAGAGAUUAUAGAAUUUAAAAUCAAACAAAUAAAUGGAGGAGAGCAAAACCUUGGAAGCAGUAAAGAAGAACAAUUUUUAAAUUCUUUUUGUAAAUACUCACACAUGUUGAGUCAAUAGGAAUUAUUUAUUACCUAUAUAAAUACUGUAAAGUAAUAUUUGUAUGAUAUGAUUGUGACAACUGAGUUUGGUUGUUUUUCUGAAAUUGAUUAGGGUAAGGAUGAAUAUAUAAGGGCUUAAGAUGCAAUUGAGUCUGCGAAUGCAAGUAAUUUUGGGGAGUUCUAUAAUUAAAAAUUGGAAUUGAAAGCUUUAGAAUUUAUCUAAUGA